UCUGAGUUAAGUCAUCUGCGAUUGUGGUGGGGUCCUUUUGACCGAGUAAACAAACACAUCACAACCACAAAUACCUGCCCGUCAAAAUGGAGAGCCCUCAUGAGCACCAACAGAACCUGCUGCUUUCUCGCAUCAUAACCAAUGUUGAGAAACUCAACGAGGCCGUCAUGGUCAUGAACAGGUCACUGCAGGAGAUCAAUAUUGAGAACAUGAACGUUGAACUCGUCGCUCAAAUGUUCAAGAACUACCAGUCCAAUGUCUUGUUCCAUCUCGAGGCUACGGACAACCUGAAGCCGCCUGCUUAAGGAUUGCAGAACCCGUGAUUACGCGUUGGGAGCAUGGAUGAGGAAUGAGACAAGAUUGAUGACAUUUCCAGGCGCAAUUCACAAGUCUUAGAGCAGAUACCCCUUGAGAAGCCAAUUCUGAAGAGUAACUUCAGAAUCCUGAAUAAACAGUAUUUUUUGCAGUAUCUUCCAUUUUCCAAAGGCCAUGGAAACUUUGAGGUUGGCAGAUCUUGCAAGUGAAUUUGAAUG